CGACUCGUGGGGUUGGUAUAUAUAUCUACCCCGUCCGCAGUUCGAUGAGAUAUCCUAACCAUCAAGCCAUCCAUACUAUUUACUGGCAAUCCAAAUACGUCUCUCGCGGAAUUACUUGAAGAGAUGUCCCUCAAACCGAUCAUCCUCCAUGGAAGCCUCAUCGGCGCCAAUCCCUGGAAGGUUGCAAUGAUCAUCAACGAGCUCGAAGUCCCAUACGAGAUCAACUCGUUCCCGUUCUCCGAAAUCAAGAAGGAGCCCUAUAUCUCGCUCAACCCCAACGGCCGGACCCCCGCCAUCGAGGACCCCAACACCGGAAUCAUCCUAUGGGAAUCGGGCGCCAUCAUCGAAUACCUGGUCGAAACAUACGACAAGGAGCACAAGAUCAGCUUCCAGGCCGGCACCCCCGAAUACUACCACGCCAAGCAGUACCUCUACUUCCAGGUCAGCGGCCAGGGCCCUUAUUUCGGGCAGUCCAUCUGGUUCCGCGAGUUCCACCCCGAGAAGAUUGCCAGCGCCCAGGAAAGAUACAAGAACGAGGCCCUCCGCGUGUCAGGCGUGCUAAAUGGCAUCCUCAAGGACCGGGAGUACCUGGUGGGUGGGAAAUACACCUAUGCGGACGGCUCGUUUGUGGCCUGGUAUGAGGCUUGGGGGCGUAUCGUCGGCGACGGGGUCGAUAUGGAGCAGGAAUUCCCGAACCUCCACGCUUGGCUGAAGAGACUCCGGGAGAGACCGGCCAUUGUGAAGGCUAUCCAGGCCAGGGCGGAGGAGUGUGUGCGCCUGCCCUGAGCUUGAGUUGUACCCGAUCAUACAUAGUACAUGGAUGUUGGGCUUUGGCGUAUACAUUGAAAUAUAUAAUAAAUUGAUGUCGUUUGUUCCUUGUUAGUAUGAGGAUCUAGAUAGAGAUAGUAGGAUAUAUGCCA